AUUUGGUUCUUGGUCUCACCCCCCUGUUCUCUCUCACCCUCCAGAGCUUCUCUUGGUCGAAUUUCCUCGGCAUUGGUUUUAAAUAGACUUUAGGUUCUAAAUCACUAUGGCGGACAUCAAUCUCCAAGAGAUCCACGACCUUAUGAUCUCUAUUGCCAAAAAGGCAGGGGAAAUGAUCACAUCCGCGCAUCCUACGACAGAGGGUGCAGGAUCCAAGAAGAACUCCGUUGACCUUGUAACUGAAACCGAUCAAGCAGUCGAAAAGUUUGUCUCGACCUCCCUCCAGGAAAAAUAUCCCACAUUCGAAUUCAUGGGCGAGGAGACAUACAAACCAGGAGACUUCCUGACCCCUGCUCCAACAUUCAUAGUGGACCCUAUAGACGGCACAACCAACUUCGUCCACACAUACCCCUACGUCUCCAUCUCCCUCGGAUUCUCUCUCAACCUCAUCCCCACAAUCGGCAUAGUCUAUAACCCUUUCACAUCUACCCUCUACUCCGCCAUUAAAGGCCACGGCGCAUUCCUCAACCUCACUACUAGACUCCCCCUGCGCGCUCCCACGCCGCUAGAAAGCUUAAGCUCAUGCUUGGUGGCCAUCGAAUGGGGCAGCGAUCGCUCUGGCAAUGACUUCGCCGUAAAAUCGCGGACGUUUAGUAAACUUGCUGCAACGAAGGAAGCAGGCGGAGGAAUGGUGCAUGGUCUCCGCUCGUUUGGUUCCGCGGCGUUGAAUCUUUGCGCGGUGGCGAGUGGCGGCAUAGAUGUGUAUUGGGAAGCUGGAUGUUGGGCGUGGGAUGUGUGUGCAGGAUGGGUAAUCCUAAAGGAGACGGGCGGGCUAAUGGUGGAUGCAAAUCCGGGCAAUUGGGAGCCAAGGAUUGAUGAGCGGAGGUAUAUGGCUGUGAGGGCUGGGGAGGGGCAGAGGGAGGUUGUGGAAGAGUUUUGGGGUUUGGUGGAGGGGGCUUUUGAGGUGGGGGUGUGAGAACAGGAUGUCUGUGAUGGGGCCCCGGAGACGAAUUUGAGCUUGGUGGUUGAUUGCGUUUUGGAAGUGGGAGGUAGUGUAUAGAUGCUUGCUAAAGAGUUCGGUUCAAACAAGGAGAUGGAGCAAAAAGCAGACUAAAUAAAAGGCUUAAGGAGACGGAUUUUUUCAGCACAAUGGCUAGCCAUAAGAGCCAUGGAUGGUCAUAUAGUUCUUACCGAACCAUUUAUCAAUUAUAGUUGUCUUAGG